GAUAUCCCCCAAAGAGCAUUCUGAAGGACACAGCCGCCUGGAGGAAGUAGCGUUGGUGCAGCCAUGCUGAUAAGUAGUUUGCGUGAUGACUGCAUUCACAUAAAUAAUAACUGCUAAGUGCUACUCAUAAUCAUUCAAGCCAGAAGUUCCUUCCUCUACAAAAGGUGCAUCUGUUGGGAUGUUCUGCAUCAACAUCUGAACAAAGCUGUCAAUUCCCAUUAGCCCAGGCCAAAAAAAUGAAGCAAAAUAGGUUCAUCAGCAAAAGCUCUGGUUAGUUUGAAAGAGGGAAGUUUAUCAAAUACAUGGAAUGAAAAAUUCAGUUCCUUGCAGAAAACACCCAUUUGGAAAGGCAAGAAUGCAGGAGCUGCUGUAGAAAUGCCCUUCAGAAGUUCAAAACGAAGUCGGUCCUUUUGUGAGGAAGAGGAAAGGCAAAUGAAUACACGAUCACCCAAAAGAAACCAGAGAGUCGCAAUGGUUCCCCAGAAGUUUACUGCAACAAUGCCAACACCAGACAAAAAGGCAUCACAGAAGAUCGGUUUGCGGCUACGUAACUUACUCAAACUUCCUAAAGCACACAAAUGGUGUAUUUACGAGUGGUUCUACUCAAAUAUAGAUAAGCCACUCUUUGAAGGUGAUAAUGAUUUCUGCGUUUGCCUGAAAGAAUCCUUUCCCAAUCUGAAAACCAGAAAAUUAACAAGAGUUGAAUGGGGAAAGAUCAGACGGCUUAUGGGGAAGCCACGAAGAUGCUCUUCUGCAUUCUUUGAAGAGGAAAGGUCCGCAUUAAAACAGAAACGGCAAAAAAUUAGACUUUUGCAACAGCGGAAGGUGGCAGAUAUAUCCCAAUUUAAAGAUCUUCCAGAAGAAAUUCCGUUGCCACUAGUUAUAGGAACAAAAGUUACAGCACGGUUACGUGGUGCUCAUGAUGGACUCUUCACUGGACAGAUAGAUGCUGUUGACACUCUUAAUGCUACUUACAGAGUAACCUUUGAGAGGUCAGGGCUUGGAACGCAUACAAUCCCAGAUUAUGAAGUUCUCAGUAAUGAACCUCAUGAAACCAUGCCAAUUGCUGCCUUUGGACAAAAACAGCGACCUUCUAGAUUCUUUAUGACUCCUCCUCGGUUACAUUACACACCUUCCCUCCAGUCACCAAUUACAGACAGUGAUCCUUUACUAGGACAGUCUUCUUGGAAGAACAAAUUUUCAGGCUCAGAUAGUGAGACAUUAGGUGGUUUUCCAGUAGAAUUCCUUAUCCAAGUGACCAGACUAUCAAAGAUUCUUAUGAUCAAGAAGGAACACAUCAAGCAAUUAAGGGAGAUGAACACAGAAGCAGAAAAAUUGAAAUCCUACUCAAUGCCUAUUGGCAUUGAAUUUCAGAGAAGAUACGCAACUAUUGUCUUAGAUCUUGAACAGCUGAACAAGGAUCUAAACAAAGUUUUACAUAAAGUUCAACAGUAUUGUUAUGAGCUUGCCCCAGAUCAGGGUCUACAGCCUGCAGACCAUCCCACAGAUCUGAGACGGAGAUGUGAAGAAGAAGCUCAGGAAAUUGUCAGACAGUCAAAUACAUCAACAACAGGACAGCCGUGUGUUCAGAAUGAAAACCUGACGGAUUUGAUUGCUAGGCUUACAGCAAUAUUACUGCAGAUUAAGUGUCUAGCAGAAGGAGGCGAUCUAAACUCCUUUGAGUUUAAGUCUUUAACAGAUUCAUUAAACGACAUCAAAAAUUCCAUAGAUUCCACCAACAUCAGUUGUUUUCAAAAUAACGUUGAGAUCCACGUUGCACACAUCCAGAGUGGCCUCAGCCAGAUGGGAAAUCUACAUGCCUUUGCUGCAAAUAACACCAACAGAGACUGAAAGAAACGUUCACCUUCGUCCAAGUGUACAGAAUGUAGUUAUGAAAAAGCCUUCUUAUAUAAGCUUCACCAAAUAUCCUAACUGCUAGAAGAAAUAGGAAAAGAGGAUAUUUUGAGAUCCAUUGUACUGCUUCUGAAGAAACCAGCAUAAAAUUACCAGCAUUGCUAUAGACUUCAUCACUUGCUAUGCACAUACUGUAUCUUGUUUAACACCUAACCUUUAGUUAUAAAAGUACAUAGGUAUGUUGUUUUUGAACUGAAAGUUAUACAGACAUGUUUUCUUAUAAUGUGAAGCAAGAAUACUUUUCUUUUAAAUUUAUUUGCAACUAUUCUGUCAACUAUUGAGAGCUGUUUUGAAGAAGGAAGUGACACAGAGGUUGCAUAGCAAUCUCCUCUUGAAAGCCUAGUACUUGUGUCUCACUGCCUUUUGAUUUUAGUUUCUGAAGAGUGCUGUGAUUGGUAAAAAGCAGUGUGUAUUCCUGUUCUUGCGAAGUGGCAGCAGGAUAUGCAAAGGAAUGGGAGUGGGUAGGUAGCUAUUGUACACUUGUGGAUACUGGGAAUCCCUGUAAAUCAGUUAAUAUCGUUUGAAUGUCUUUAUUUAUCAUAACUUAUAAAAGUAAUCUAAUGAAGGAGUAGAAAAGGACUGCUGAAUUCCCAGAAAUUGAUAUGACUUGCUUUUCCCCCUCCAUAAUGGGCAAAGUGUUCUAGUUGAGGUAUUUCACACAAAUAACUGGUAAUAUUUUUCCAUUGAUUUGUUGCACAAACUUAAACUAGAUACCUGCUUAUCAAGCAAUUAACAGAGUUCAUGAUGCAGUUCGAUAGCCAGUCCCCUGAACUGCCUAAAUAAAAAUAAAAAGCAAAGAUCUGAGGAGUACACAGAAGUAUCAAUCUUGUAAAAAGGGUGUAUUGAGUUGUUUAUUUAGAAUAGACUUGUAAAGCUUCAGUGUAAUAAAUUGUUUCCAGAUUUGAAUUUUUAGAUAGCUGUAGCAAUGUUUUGAUUCUUUCAUGCCUCAUAAAAUGAGGUCUUUUGUAUGUUAAUGUAAAAAGAAAAUGUAAACAAUUAUUUUCAAUUUAAAAUUUUGUAUAGUUUUAAAAAUGCUUCUGUAUUCUGUGUGUGUAUUUGUGCUGCUUCAAAACUUAACUGCAGAGUCUAUAUUUAGCAAAACCUGUUCUUUUAAGAAAUGCAUAAAUCUUUUAUUCUCAUUGAGUUA